CUGUCCUUCUCUCUUUCUUUAUUUUCUUAAGCUCCAUUUGUUGCUGCUUUCUCAUGAGUGUCCGUUCAUCAUCCUCAAUAACUAAAUUCGAGUAUGAAUUUAUAUAAAGUCUAUAGGUUUACCUCCAAGCAGAGCAGUCAACCCAUCAUCUCAUUUCGAGAUGAGAAACUCACUCCAAUCUCACUCAACUCUCCUUUCCUUCAUCCCAAUUCAUCAUCAACCUGUUUUCCAUCUCCAUCUUCAUCUCCAAUGGAAAGUUCUCUCCAAAAGUAUCUUAAUAUACACAUCUUAUUGUUUUUAUCUUAUAUAUUGUAUAUUUCACGUGUAGUGUACAAUUUAAAUACAGAGUUCUGUUGAAAAUAACUACUUUCCUAUCAACGAUACAAAUGCAUACAUCUAUACACUUUGAAAAGUAUUUAGAUUUUUAAAAAUGUUACAUUUGAUUUUAUUUAUUUUUGACAAUGUUACAUUUGAUUUAAUCAAAAUUGCUUACCAAGAAAGUAAAAACAAGAGAAAAAAAACAGACAGUUAUUUCUCGCGCGAAGACAAUAAUUAAUCGAACAAACACAACUGUUGGAUAAAAUAACUAACUAUAACGACCAUUAACCGCCAUAAUUUCACCCCUGUCUACAAAAACCUUUCUUUGUUCUUCAACAUUCCUCCCUCACUCUUUGUUCUUCAACUCUCAAGCAUCGCUCUGCUUGAGAGAGAUUUUCUCUUCUCCUUUUUGGUCUCAUCCAAAACAAGAAGAAGAGAGAGCAAUUAGAAGAAGAGUGCAAACACAACACAAAAAUGGCGGGUGAUGGUCCAAAACCGAUGGCUCUUCAAGUCAAUGAAGAUGAAGAUCUGUACUAUGAUGCUUACUCAGAAGAAGAUCUUAUAAACUUCAUGUCUAACCCUAAUCCAAAUCUAAUGGACUUGCCCUUCCCCCAAGAGCCUCUUCCUCCUCCUACUGGGUUGUUGCAAAAUCCUUCAUUAAUCUCACUCCCCAAAAGGGACACCAUCAAAGAGUAUCUUGAAUCACUUAAAAUCGGUGAUGAUUCAUUUACUUUGGACACGUCAGAUUUACUAAGUGGUGAUCUCAGCGACUGCAUCGAUUAUACUGUCCGAGGAGAGUUUGGUAAUGAUAAUGUCGGAGAGAGCGGUAUCCUUGAGGCGAGUACUCAUGUUUUUGUGGAAAAUGCUUACAACUCUGAAAUUGGUGGUUCGUCGACUAUGCCUGUCCCGGUGAUUACACCAGCACCGACCAUCUCUCAAGGAGUUUUCUUAUGCACUUACUGCAACCUUCUCCGACAAUUAGUCCAUGCCAAUGGUCAGGAGAUGAUGAGACUUGAUCUCUAUGGAGGGAUUGGAUACUUCUGCCAUGCGAUUAUCGAGACUCGUCGAUUCGAUGGUUCUAACGAACUUCGAUACCAAACGUGUCAUUUGAUGGAUUUACUGAUGGAGGAUGUGAAGAAAUUUAUUGAAGAUUAUUGUGCGGCGAGGGCAGCAAGUGGUUUUGUAAUCAUGCAAGAUACUAAUGCAGAUUUCUAUCAAGCUAUGAAUGCUUGUACUACAAAUAGCCAGUCUCUUAUGUCGACAUUGCCACCACGAGUUGAUAUUCCAGUGUCCUUGGCUAUGCCUAAUGAAUCUCUAAUUGUUGCAUCUGUGCCCCCUGCUGUGAAAGUGAAAGGAAGGCCGAGGAAAGAAACUCAUCUCUCUGCACAGAGGAAGCGGACUAAGAAAUUAACAGUGAAAGACAUGAGCGAACUCUUUGAGUUGCCUAUCGAAAAAGCGGCUCGAAGGUUGAGGAUUUGUACAACAGCCGUAAAACUCAUCUGCAGGAGGGGAGAAGUGUAUCGAUGGCCUCAACGGAAACUUAAAAGUCUGCGGGAGAAAGUCGCGGCACUGAAGAAUGUAGUAUCCAAUUCAACAGAUGCAAGAGCAAGGGCUCGUGCGGAAGGGAAGAUUGAAAAAUUUGAGAAACAGAUUAAUGCUAUCUAUAGCAAAGCAAUCGAAAACGCUUAAGUGAUUUUCAGAUGAUUAAAGACUACUUGUGUUGAUGAGUCCUAUCCCCUUUGUCAUCACAAAGGAUUGUCACCGUUACCGGUUGGUUUUGUUUGACGUUGGUACUACAGUUUUAUGUCUCUUGUCUCGACAUGAGAUACACUUUUGGUUGUCUGACGUUUAUGUCUCUUUCUCUACAUGAUAUUUAUACACUUUUGGUUGUCUUCACUCUUUCCUCUUUUGGAAACUAUAUGUUAUCAAAAGAAAAUCAAAUA